AUGGUUGGUGAUCAGGAUCUAUUAAAGGUUUUGCCCAUGAAGGGUGUGAUGAGAUUUGGGAAGAAGGUCAAGCUUAGGUUAAGGUUCAUUGGCCCAUUUGAGAUCCUUCGUCGUGUUGGAGAUGUAGCUUAUGAGUUAGCAUUACCUCCAGGUUUUUUGGGUGUUCACCCAGUGUUCCAUGUGUCCAUGCUGAAGAAAUAUCAUUUGGACGGGUUUUAUAUCAUCCAGUGGGACUCGGUCCUAUUCAAUGAGAAUUUGUCCUUUGAGGAGGAGCUGACGACCAUUUUGGAUAGAGAGGUUCGAAAGUUAAGGUUAAAGGAGAUAGCUUCGGUAAAGGUUCAAUGGAAGCAUCAUCCAGUAAAGGAGCCUACAUUGGAGACCAAAGAUGAUAUGUGUAGUAGAUAUCUCCACCUCGUUACCGAGUUAGGUUUUGGGUUGAAUUUGGUUAAAAGCCAGAUUUUUGCAGGUGUCUAA